AUGGAAUCUGCGGAUGAGGAGACGCUGCAACCCGGACCUCCGCCGCCUCCGCCUCCGCCUCCGCCGCCACCUCCACUACCGGAGAUGCCCACGCCAUGCCCUUCGUCAUGUCGAAGCAAAGCACGUGGCCCUUACACAGUCAUCACGACUGACUGCGUGGGCAAGCAUUCUAAAGACCUGUUCUCACAUGUCGCUGCCGGCCUUGGGUGGCGAGAAGUGGACGUUGAAUCAGCAACUGCUGAGGAAGCGAGGAAGCGUCCGGUGAUUUUCUGCGUUAUGCAGACGAUGGAUUUGCUGAAACGGUGGCCGCAACUGAGCCCACAGAGCUGGGUGUCACGAUAUCUUGGGGCCCCAGAGUUGUGCGACAAGGGGAACCUGGCACGCAUGGUGAGAUCGUGUCAGUGCCUCUGUGGCGAGGACCACUUCGGGUUUAAUCCACGCACCUGGGUUUUGCCAGAGCAGUUGGAUCAGCUGCGGAAUGUUUUGGAGAAGUCCAAAAGCACCUUUAUCGUCAAGCCGGAAGAUGGCUCGCAGGGUGAUGGCAUCUUCCUUGUUCAAGGCUUGCAUCAGCUGGACGUCAAGCUGUCAACACAGAACGCGUCAGCCGCAGUGGUGCAGAAGUACAUCAGCAAACCCCUACUUUUGCAUGGGCUGAAGUUUGACCUGCGCAUGUACGUGUGCUUGGCAGGGGGAUCUUCCACAGCGCCCCCGGCGGCUUGGCUCUGCCGUGAGGGCUUGGCGCGCUUUUGCACAGAGGCCUACGAGCAGCCCUCGAAACGGAACAUGCAUCGGUGCAUGGGACACUUGACCAACUACUCCCUGAACAAGCGAAGCAGCAAGUUUGAGCAUUGUGGCCAGACUCUGGAGGAAGUGUAUGGCGAGACGAACACCGCAUCAAAGCGACCCUUGACAGUGUGCUUGCAGCAGCUGUGCCACGAGCAUCCCGACUUCGACGUGGAGGCGUUCUAUGCUGAUGUCCUGGUGAUUGCGCAGCGAGUGCUUGCCAUCAUGGCCCCCGUGUUGAGAUACCAUCAUCGCCAGCAUGUGAACCUGGGGAACCCCGACAAGAUGAGAAAUUUCCAAGUCAUGGGCUUCGACAUCAUGCUCAGCCAUAGUUACCAGGCUUACUUGCUGGAGGUGAACAAUUCGCCAUCGAUCAGCAUUGAUGAAGCACUUCCCGCAGAUGAGCCUCUGGGUGAGGAGAAACUUUGCCGGUGCAUGGAUAUGGCAGAGCCCCACAGGCAUCAAACUUCUCUGGUGGACUUAGAAGUGAAGUCAGCAGUGAUGCGGGAAACCUUCCAGGCACUGCUUGGGCUGGACACACAGGGAGACGCGGACGCUGAGAACUUCAUGCCCAUUUCCGUGAGCAGCGACAACCUGUGGCCGCUGCUGGCACGGGUCGAGGAGCUGUACCAUCAAGCCGGAGGAGCCGUCAAGGCCUUCACGAGCACUGGUUUGCGCCGCACUUUCGGGCCUUUGUGCGGCACAGGUGGUUUGGAGAAGCAUGAUCUGGACAUGCUGUCUCAACGCUGUCGAUCCACUCGUUUUGCAUCCUGGCAGCAAGUGUCAAGCUGCGGCUUGCCUCGGGGCCAAGACGUAUUUCCUCCUUGCCUCGCCGCGCUGUAA